AUGGGCCCCACCAGCAUCUUCCUCUGCGUCCUGUUCCUCUCUGGGGCACUGGGUCUCACCACUUCUCCUGCCCAGGGCCGGCUCCGCUGUUACACCUGCAGCUUCGCCAAACCCUGCUACCCUGUUCCCACCGAGUGUCGGGAGGGGGAAGCUUGUGGCAUCAGCACUGGCACCUCAGAUCAGAACGAGAUCAUCCAACGGAAGGGCUGCCUCCCACGGGCACAGUGCCUUCUGCCGGGCCGUGCCACCUACUGGUCACGCUCCUAUAUUCUGCGGCACGAGUGUUGUGAGCAGGACCUGUGCAACACGGCCACCAAGCCACAGGGGCUCCCCAGCCUCCUCCUCCUCCUCCCCCUGCUCCUCCUCGCGGCUGGCACCGCCUGGGGAGGCGUCUUCCUCCGCUAG